CACUCCUCUUUCCCAUUUCACACAUUCACAAACUGCUACAACUACGAUCACCACUAUGACGAUGAUGAAGAGGACGAGAGACGACCAGGUUCGUGACGACAACAUAACUGCCCUCGCCAACUGCUUGAUGUUACUAUCAAGCAGAUCAGGACGAGGAGCAGGAGGAGGAGGAGAAUUCUCGACACGUGUGUUCACGUGCAAGACAUGCAACAGGCAGUUCCCGUCGUUCCAGGCGCUGGGCGGCCACCGUGCCAGCCACAAGAAGCCGAGGCUGAUGGCCGGAGAUGAGUCGUUGCAGCGGCCGUUGUCCCCGCCCAAGCCGAAAACUCAUGAGUGCUCUAUAUGCGGCCUGGAGUUUCCGAUAGGGCAAGCGCUGGGCGGACACAUGAGGAGACACAGAGCAGGUGCCGUUGCUGAUGAUCAAAAUCUGCGGGCGGCGCCGGCGGUUUCCGAGGCUCCUAUUGUGAAGAGAGCGAAUAGCAGGAGGGUUUUGUGCAUGGAUCUGAACUUGACGCCGUUGGAGAACAAGUUUGUGUUUGGCGAUGGUAUUAUUAAUCCUGCUGUUGACUGCUUUUUCUGAUUGUUUUCUCUGUAAAUUAGACUGUGAUUUGUUCAUUCGUUUAUUGGCCAUGAGAAUGGAAUUAAUACAUCAUCUAGCAUAUUAGUAAUUAAGGAGUUUUACGUAGUGCUUUAGU